AUGUUCCUUCGUCGUCUUUUGGCUUUUGUCGGAAUCAAUACUGAACAUUCUAGAAGAUCAAGAGGCUCUGCUUGGCCAGAGACUAGACUCUUCGAGGAAGAGAAGUCCCAGUUUCUCAAGGUUCACUCGGAGUACCAGACCAUCAUCCGAUUCCUCAUGGAGAGCUACAAUCCAGAGUUCAACAAACUCUCAAUGAAAUAUCACUCCGAAGCCUUCCAAUUUAUCUACAUCGGAUUCACUCGCACCUACGAAGUCGCGGAAAUGAAGGUCAGUUUCAGGAAGUUAAGACAGGAGGAAGAAUGA